AUGCCAGCGCCCCAGCUCCUGCCGACACACGACGAGUGGGCGGCUAUGUAUUAUGAGAUUGAGCGACUGUACGUCCGCGAACGUCGGAAACUGAGGUAUAUCAUGCAAUACAUGGAGAGGGAGCAUGGCUUCAAAGCGACCGGGCAGAUGUACAAGAAACGCUUCGCCAAAUGGGGUCUCCAGAAGAACUCCAGGCGUUCGGCUGCAGUUGUCCCAACUUUGACGACGAAGGAUGAAUGCAGGAAAGUCGCGAGCAGAAAGUCUGGCCGACCCCGAGAGCUGGGCUUGGUGCCAGCAAUCCCCGGACUCAGCCAGCACGACGGUCUAAUGCUCAUGUUUUUAACCAGUGUGCAGAUAUGCAGCGUUGCAUUCUUUGAGUCUGUCCAAUCCCGUGGCGGGUUCCUCGCUUCUCUUCAGCAGCGUACCCCAACAGACGAGCAGUUGCCUGAGCAAACCGAAAAGAUAAACUUCACGUUCAAGCUAGCGACAGACCUGCUAGAUCGAGGCCAUGGCAAGUUGGCGGGCAGGAUGGUCCGGAAGGCGUUUCUGCUGGUUGAGGACAUGUUGAUGCUCGAGGGACCCGUGCUGAUGUGGAACCUGCUCGAGAUAAUGCACCACAUGGUAAGGCUGCGUCAUACGCAGCUCUUCCAGAUGCUGCUAGCUCAUCUUCUUGCACUGAUUGAAGGCCGGAUACCAAAGUCUCAUCCGAUCCCUACCAUGCUGUACGGUUUGCGAGGACUUGUUAUGAGUCUAACAAGGGCGGUCUCCGCCUCCGGUAGCUCUUUGCCAGCACCCUCCUCCUCGUUGCCGUGUCUCUCGGUCGACAGUGGCGGAACAACGAUCACCGCCGGCCCCUUACUUGUCUCUCGCGCCCUUUCGUCCCUACUAGAGCGGGCAUGGACCCUCAACGCAGAGAUCCUCUUCAAUCACCUUAACCCUCGCCUGCUCCCGCUCUACUGCCGCCUUCAUUUGGACGGAUGCUCGAUUGCGCCCCCUGCAGCUAUCAUCAGCACAGCGAACCAGUGGUUCAGCGACAUCGAGGCGCAGCAGAUCUCCCGCGCCGACGCGGAGGCCCAUCAUACCGAGGGCCUCCUUGAGAUCACUUCUGUCGAGCAGGACAUGACACUCCAGCGGCUGCUCGUCCCACGGAUGGAUGCCUCGCCGCCGCGGGACUACGAGAUGCUCCGCGCGAGCAGCGUCGCGGCGCUCUGGAAACACGGAAACUCUGUCCUCGCCAAGGGGUCCGCUUUCCACGGUGACACCACCAUAUUACUACGCAUCCUGGCGGGGCUGGUAACAGACACAAUUCUUGAAGAAUGGCCUACAGCUAGUAGUGUGACGACAAAGGUGUCACGAGUUCAGGCGGGAAAGGUCGCGUGUGCGAUCAGGACGUUAAUGGACCUCAGUCCCGAGGACAGUGGCGAUGGGUUGGUGCCACUCUCGGACGCCGUCGAGAGGAUACGAUCGGUCGUGGCUCUCCGUGAGUACGCCCACGCUGAGACAGAUCCGCAGGUCGUGCGGGAGAUGUGGCUUCUGGAAGAUGCGCUCGUUGCGGCCGGCGAAUACGAAGAGGCAGAGGAAGUAGGACAAGACGCAUUCUGUCGGUUAGAGCAGUACGUCCAGGAUAUCCCUGUUGAUUCUGCAUGAGUGUCAAGGGGACUCUUCGACGAAAAAGACCCUCGGAG